AUGGUUUAUUAUUUUCAGGCUACGGUUGGCAGCUUUCACCAUUCUGGUUGGGUCCUUGUUGAAUGCAAGAUUGGUGACCAGGAGCUCGUAAAGAUUGGUGCUGUAAAUGCUGAAACUGCUCCAGUUUGCCACCUAGAGCUUGAAUUUGAGGAGGACAAGGAUGUGGUCUUAUCAGUCCUUGGGCAGAACUCAGUCUUCUCAGGCCUUGGGCAGAACUCAGUACACCUAUCAGGAUACUACAUCUGUUCUGACAAUGGUGACCAUGGUGAAGAUAGCAAGGAAUUCAAAUCCGAUUCAAUAGACGGAGAAGCGUCUCUUGGCCUUGAGCGUACUCUGGGAGGCAAUGUGCUUCAAACUAGUAGUCAGGAGGAAAAUGCUCCACUCACUGAUGAGGAUAAUAAUGCUACACAGAAUAUUAUCCAACAUACUGUACCACCUAUCCUGAUCUUGAACGACAAUGCUGAUGCUAAAAACAGUGAUGAGAAACAAUCUGAUGAAGCUAAACUAUCUGAAAAUGUGCAUGCAGAACUGCAUCCUGAGCACACUGUCAUACUUGAUAAUGGUAUGACAAUGGAAGAUCUGACCAAGGGAAAUGCUGGUGCCAAAACUGCAAUUAAUGGCAGAAAGGUUUAUGUGAAGUAUGUUUGUCAAUUGAGCAAUGGUGAUCCUGUUGAUCCUACCGGUCAAAGUUCCACUUGCAAGUUCAUACUUGGUGCUGGGGAAGUCAUCAGUGGAUGGGAUCUUGGUAUUAAAGGCAUGCAUGUAGGUGGAAAAAGGAGACUUUGCAUUCCCCCCCAUCUAGGGUAUGGGGAUGCUAGAAGAGGAAACAUACCACCAAACUCAUGGCUCAUCUAUGACAUCGAACUGCUGAAAGUCAAGCGACACAAAACCACACGAAAACAAAAGAGGGCCAGAAGAGCGGCGCCACAAGCUUCUACAACUGCAAGCUAG